AUGGCUGCGACUGAUAGACUAAUGCAAACUAACAACACUCUACAACAAUCAAAUAACGCUCCGAUCAGGAGGAACACUUCUGCUCUGAAUUUGACUUUGAAGACUGAUCCCUUUAAAGUCACUGUCAUCGGGUCAGGGAACUGGGGUACUACUAUCGCUAAAGUUGUCGCUGAAAACACUGAAUUGAAUCCACAUCUGUUUGUUAGACGUGUCGAUAUGUGGGUGUUUGAAGAGACUAUUGACGGCAGCAAAUUAACUGAAAUAAUUAAUACCAAACACGAAAAUGUAAAAUAUUUACCAAAUAUUAAAUUACCUGCGAAUUUGGUCGCAAAUCCAGAUAUUAUCGAUGCUGCAAAGGAUGCGGACAUUAUUAUCUUUAAUAUUCCCCAUCAAUUCUUACCAAGAAUUAUAGAUCAAUUGAAGGGUAACGUUAAGCCCACCGCAAGGGCUAUUUCUUGUCUGAAAGGUUUCGAGGUUGGACCAGACGGUGUCGAAUUAUUAUCCUCAUACGUUACAAAACACUUAGGCAUUGCAUGUGGUGCUCUAUCGGGUGCUAAUCUGGCCCCCGAAGUCGCUAAAGAAAACUGGUCGGAAACAACCGUCGCUUAUCAAAUUCCGCAAGAUUUUAGAGGUGAAGGUUAUGACGCUGAUCAUAAGAUUCUGAAAGUUCUGUUCCAUAGACCGUAUUUCCACGUUAAUGUCAUUGAAGAUGUCGCUGGUAUUUCAAUCGCCGGUGCGUUGAAGAAUGUAGUCGCAUUAGGUUGUGGUUUUGUGGAAGGUUUGGGCUGGGGGAAUAACGCUGCCGCAGCAAUCCAAAGAGUCGGUUUAUCAGAAAUCAUCAAGUUCGGUCAAAUGUUCUUCCCAGAAUCUAAAGUUGAGACUUAUUACAGAGAAUCUGCAGGCGUAGCUGAUUUAAUCACAACUUGUUCAGGUGGUAGAAACGUCAGAGUCGCCAAAAACAUGGCUGUCACAGGUAGAAGUGCUGUCGAAGUAGAGAAAGAACUAUUGAACGGCCAAUCCGCUCAAGGUGUCAUUACUUGUAAAGAAGUUCAUGAAUGGUUGCAUCACUGUAACAAAUUAGAAGAAUUCCCAUUAUUCGAGGCAGUUUACCAAAUCGUUUACAACAACGUCCCAAUGAACCAAUUACCUGACAUGAUUGAAGAAUUAGAAUGUUUAGGUGUUUAA